AUGUCUGACGUUAAACCCACCGAGUCAACGUCUACUUCGACAGCACAAACAUGGUUCGAUCGCAUAUGUUUUUUUCAGAGACGUGAAGACCCUAAGUCCCACACCUUAUGGCAAAAAUAUAGCAUUGUUGCAAUCAUAACCUUGUCCGCCUUUACCGCGCCUUUUGCGUCCUGCAUCCUCUUCCCAUCAUUUACCACACUCGUCGUGGACUUUCAAACCACCGAUACCAAGGUCGCCCUGACAACUACCGUGUUCCUGCUAGGUCUGGCAGUUGCGCCUUUAUGGUGGAGCACAUUGAGUCAGGCAUAUGGUCGCCGACCGGUGCUGGUUUUCAGCUUCCUCAUUUCUACUGUCGCCGUCAUUGUCUGCGCGGUAUCCAAUUCACUCCCUUUGAUCAUAGUGUUUCGAAUGAUUGAAGCACUUGGCUGUUCUUCCGCACAGAGUGUUGGAGCAGGCGUUAUCAGCGACAUAUUUGUUCCGACCGAGCGUGGCUCAGCUCUAGGGUGGUUUUAUCUCGGGACACUAAUUGGUCCGUUGAUUGCUCCCAUCAUCGGAGGCGCGAUUCAGAUAUGGCUUGGCUGGCGAGCCAACCUUUACUUCAUGACCAUUUUUACAUUCAGUGCCUCCAUGCUGACAAUGAUGUGUCUCCCGGAGACAUUGGUGAAGUCACCCGCCGAGAGCCAAGAAAAGCUACAAUGGUACCAGACAAUUCGGCGUGAUGCUCUGGCUCCUCUGCCCAAGCUGAAAUUCCUGUUGGUGCCUUCGAUUGCGUUGACUAUUGCCUACGUCAGCAUUUGCUUCGCCAGCCUUUAUUGUUUUAACACGACCCUGCCUUAUGCAUACUCAGCAGCCCCUUAUAAUUUCUCCGCGAUUGAAGUCGGCCUCUGUUAUCUCAGCAAUUGUCUCGGAUAUGCUAUCGGAAGCGUUGUCGGGGGCAAAUUGAGUGACGCCAAGCUACGCCAAUACCAGCUUACCCACGACGGGGAGAUUCAUCCGGCCGAACGAAUCAAGACCGUGUGGUAUGGUGUUGGUUUUGUUCCGGCAGGUCUAGUGAUCUACGGCUGGCUGGUUGAGAAACAAGUGUUCUGGCUCGCCCCUCUCGUCGGCGCGUUCCUGUUUGGACUAGGGCUCAUGCUUGUCACUUCGACAGUCAUGCCUUUCCUUGUGGACAUCAAGCCAGGAGUGGGUGCUUCGGUAGUGGCUGACCUGAAUUUGGUCCGUAAUAUCCUGGCCGCCGUUGGUACCGUCCUGUCGCCGAUUGCCGCAAAGAACAUCGGAUAUGGGUGGUGGAUGACAGCUCUGGCAAUUCUCUGCUCGUUGUCAGUCGGAUUCAUGGUGAUUGUUGCAUGGCGAGAAGCCGCUGAGAAAAAGGUACCAGCUUCGGAAGAUGUGGUUUGA